AUGAUCACUCCUCUCUUUCCGAACUGCUUUCUCGCUCUCGCCACCAUCUCGAACAUUGGCAAAAGCAUUUCAUUUCUGGCCAAUGGCGCGACGGGAGCCGGAAUCCGCUAUGGAUUUGCAAAUGCGAUGAACAUCGGAGAUGUGACAGCGAAAGAAGGAUCCCAAACGUCCGCUGUGUAUCUGCUAGGAAUGCUCUUUGGUGUCUCGGUCUCUUCUCUCCUAGGGGACCAAAGCAUGUCGACAAUCUUCGCCUCUGUGAUUUGUAUGAGUUGUCUCUCUCUCUACGCGAUGAAUAAAUCGCUCCGAUGUGUGACUCUUCCCACUUUAAACACGCAGCGCAGCGAGUUAGCCUGCGUGGAUUACUGCAGUCAAGGCAUUAUUUAUCAGCCAGAGGCGGUAGCGAAGCUAGAGCGAUACUAUUUGCCUUAUCUCCAUGUGGCCGAUUGUGGCACGGAUAUUCGAUUGGGCAUGUCGCUCCAUUCGGUUUUGUCGGCCUAUCGAUCCCUGGAGGAAGCCGAUGAUGUGAUUCAGCUGUUCGGAGACUGCAACUACAUGCUGAGUUACUGCGAUUUGAAACAGGGGAUGUAUCGCUCCAUCAUCAACAGAACGGAGAAGACGAAAUGCACAAUCGCUAUUUCUCUCAACUCCUCGGCUUCGACAAGAGAUCAGCUGCAAGCCUAUCUCCAUGCUCUUCUUCUUCGUCAUGCAUCGGGAGGUCGCUUCACAACUGACUUGCAACUCCUAAAAGAAACGAAAGAGCGGUCGAAGCUUCUUCUCCCGUUUUUCGUUCGCGAUUUAGAGCAGAAUGGCUGGGAUUGUAUCCAUCUAUUUCUGGAAGAAACAAAGAAACGCUAUGUUGUGGAACGUGCUUGA